AUCUAUACAAGCUGAAUUAUAGUAACUAAUUUUUUGAUAACAAAUUCGAGUUUUACUAAUUUACCAAAAAAAAAAAUUAGAUUUGAACUCAACUCGUUUAUUAAAAUAAGUAUUUGCUCUCGAGCCCCGAACUGUUCGCAGACAACCGACGGGUCGUUCCACUUGCGGUCCUGCAGGGAGCAAAUAGUUGUCGUUUCAGUUCUCAGUUACCGAUACUCUCAGCUCUCAGUCGCGUGAAUACACCGUUGUCUUUAGUCGACGAAUCUCUUUGUUUCAGCUAGUUUUGUCGGAAUUGUUAGAAAUGCAAGCUUCAGCAUAUGCAGUCAGAGGAGGUGUGAGUUUGGACAGUCAAAAGCGUAGGGUUUUACUGCCAGGUUCCGGGGACUUUAGGAAGAGGAGUUUAGCUUUGAACAACCUGUGCACAACGACGGGAAGGUCCGAUUGCUUCGGAUUGCGCCUUGGUUCGGUAGACAUGGAGUUCGAGCUUGCUCGUACGAGAGCGGGCGUCUUUCGGUCGCCCGCCAAAUCCAGAUCAGUAGUCAGGGCUCAAGCUUCUGAAAGUGAUAUUGAGGAUGUGGCUCCUGCCAAAAUCCAAGGGAAGACUUCUGGAUCUGUUCUGCCGUAUGUUGGUGUCGCCUGCUUGGGUGCCAUUUUGUUUGGAUAUCAUCUAGGGGUGGUGAAUGGUGCUCUUGAGUACCUCUCCAAGGAUCUCGGGAUUGCUGACAACACUGUCCUUAAAGGAUGGGUAGUCAGCGCUCUUCUGGCUGGUGCCACUGUUGGUUCAUUUACCGGGGGCGCAUUGGCUGACAAGUUUGGCAGAACAAAAACUUUUCAGCUAGAUGCGAUUCCACUUGUUGUAGGAGCAUUCCUUUGUGCCACAGCCCAGAGUGUACAGACAAUGAUAAUUGGCCGUUUACUUGCUGGCAUUGGAAUUGGUAUCUCCUCUGCUAUAGUUCCACUUUACAUAUCUGAGAUCUCACCAACUGAAAUUCGCGGCACACUUGGUUCUGUCAACCAACUUUUUAUCUGCAUUGGAAUUCUUGCAGCAUUGGUGGCUGGGUUGCCCUUAGCGGGAAAUCCUUUAUGGUGGAGGUCAAUGUUUGGUGUAGCUCUUAUCCCCUCUGUCUUGUUGGCUUUGGGAAUGGCAUUUUCUCCAGAAAGCCCUCGAUGGCUUUUUCAGCAAGGGAAAGUUUCUCAAGCUGAAAUGUCUAUAAAAACACUAUUUGGAAAAGAAAGAGUUGCUGAGGUUAUGAAUGACUUUAAUGCAGCAAGUCAAGGUUCUUCAGAACAAGAAGCUGGGUGGUUUGACCUUUUUAGUAGCCGCUAUUGGAAAGUCGUCAGUGUUGGCGCAGCACUUUUCUUGUUCCAACAACUAGCUGGAAUAAAUGCUGUUGUAUAUUAUUCAACAUCUGUUUUCCGAAGUGUUGGUAUUGCAUCUGAUGUGGCAGCUAGUGCUCUUGUUGGAGCAUCAAAUGUUUUUGGUACAACUAUAGCAUCCUCUUUGAUGGAUAAACAAGGAAGGAAAAGUCUUCUAAUUACAAGCUUUGCUGGAAUGGCUCUAUCAAUGCUAUUGCUUUCCUUGUCGCUCACUUGGAAGGUCCUGGCACCAUAUUCUGGCACCCUUGCAGUUCUUGGGACGGUUCUUUAUGUUUUGUCCUUUUCACUUGGCGCUGGUCCAGUGCCUGCUCUUCUACUUCCGGAGAUAUUUGCAUCCAGAAUCAGAGCAAAAGCAGUUGCCCUGUCAUUGGGCAUGCAUUGGAUAUCGAACUUCAUCAUCGGCCUGUAUUUCUUGAGUUUUGUAACCAAGUUUGGGAUCAGCUCGGUGUACUUGGGAUUCUCAACGGUCUGUCUUCUAGCUGUCUUGUACAUAGCCGGUAACGUUGUGGAGACAAAAGGACGAUCACUGGAGGAAAUUGAGCGUGCUCUUAACCCUGCAAUUUGAUCGCGAUAAUCUUCGAUUUGCCCGGAUGGUAACAACAAGGGUAUUUGCAGUCAACUGACCCGUUGAAGGUUACUUCUCUCGAUGGCGAUCUCAAACUCUGCAGAAAUUACAUAUUGGAGGCUGGAGGUUGCUGCUGCUGCUUUUUUUUGUUAAUCCCUCAUUUUGCUGUAUUUUACCAUUAUUUUUGGCAUUUAACUUGACAUCUUUGGAAGUUGAACCAGGGUUUGUGUGAAAUAUGAGCAAGAUGGUCUUUUCUUCAA